UCCAGCGGUGUCGAGCUGAGAUGUGAAGAAACAGGGCCGUUUUUCGGACGGAUACGCGCAUUGUUUCGGGUUUCACACGGAUAUAUGCGUUGUCUCAAGAUGGAAGUAUACGGUCGAGGUGUUUGGCGGAUUGGCUGGGCUUUUCCGGUUCUUUUGUGGCGAUACUCCACCGAUACCAGGUGGUGGUUUGUUGUGUUUUUCCUUUCUUUUUUCUUUCGUUGUGGACGACGACGCCGACAGGCCUUUACCUACCGACGCCGAGGACCAACAGAAAAAGAGUUUGAGGACACCGGAGUCUUGGGAAUGUUUUUUUCUAUUUGUCUUUGGCGUGCUGGGGGGUGUGACUGGAGGGCGGACGGACGGACGCAUGGACGCAUUGGUUGGAUGGGUGGAUGGGUGGAUUGAUGGGAGCCUUUUUUGAGCUGGGAUUAUCGGAUUUAAUGAUGUUACGCGACAACGACAACCACACACCUACUUUUUACCUACCCACCGACUACCUACACUUUCAACUUACAACUACAUACCUACCUCUCGAAACGACGUUACGGUUUAUGACCUUUGGAUUUCAGCGUUGCGUUUUG